CGCAGUGACAGUGCUGGGGGAGUCUGAAGAUGGCGGCGUCGCGUCGCUCUCAGCAUCAUCACCACCAUCAUCAACAACAGCUCCAGCCCGCCCCAGGGGCUUCGGCGCCGCCGCCGCCACCUCCCCCCCCACUCAGCCCCGGCCUGGCCCCGGGGACCACGCCAGCCUCCCCUACGGUGGGUGGCCUGGCCCCCUUCGCCUCCCCGCGGCACGGCCUAGCGCUGCCGGAGGGGGAUGGCAGUCGGGAUCCGCCCGACAGGCCCCGAUCCCCGGACCCGGUUGACAGUACCAGCUGUUGCAGUACCACGAGCACAGUCUGUACCGUCACCGCCGCUCCCGUGGUCCCGGCUCUUCCUGCCUCAUCUGCCGUCGGGGUCGCUCCCAGCCCAGCCGGCGGUGGCAGUAACAAUUCACCGUCGUCCUCUUCUUCCCCGACUUCUUCCUCAUCUUCCUCUCCAUCCUCCCCCGGAUCGAGCUUGUCGGAGAGCCCCGAGGCGGCCGGAGUUAGCACCACAGCAACAUUGGGACCUGGGGCAGCAGGACCUGGGCCAGGGGUCCCAGCAGUGAGCGGGGCCCUCCGGGAACUGUUGGAGGCCUGUCGCAAUGGGGACGUGUCCCGGGUAAAGAGGCUGGUGGACGCGGCAAACGUGAAUGCUAAGGACAUGGCCGGCCGGAAGUCUUCUCCCCUGCACUUCGCUGCAGGUUUUGGAAGGAAGGAUGUCGUAGAACACUUACUGCAGAUGGGUGCUAAUGUCCAUGCUCGUGAUGAUGGCGGUCUCAUCCCGCUUCAUAAUGCCUGUUCUUUUGGCCAUGCUGAGGUUGUGAGUCUGUUACUGUGCCAAGGAGCUGAUCCAAAUGCCAGGGAUAACUGGAACUAUACCCCUCUGCAUGAAGCUGCUAUUAAAGGAAAGAUCGAUGUAUGUAUUGUGCUGCUGCAGCACGGAGCUGAUCCAAACAUUCGGAACACUGAUGGGAAAUCAGCCCUGGACCUGGCGGAUCCUUCAGCAAAAGCUGUCCUUACAGGUGAAUACAAGAAAGACGAACUCCUAGAAGCUGCUAGGAGUGGUAAUGAAGAAAAACUAAUGGCUUUACUGACUCCUCUAAAUGUGAAUUGCCAUGCAAGUGAUGGGCGAAAGUCAACUCCUUUACAUCUAGCAGCGGGCUACAACCGAGUUCGGAUCGUUCAGCUUCUUCUCCAGCAUGGUGCUGACGUGCAUGCAAAAGACAAAGGUGGACUUGUUCCUCUCCAUAAUGCAUGUUCAUAUGGACAUUACGAAGUCACAGAACUGCUACUAAAGCAUGGAGCUUGUGUUAAUGCUAUGGAUCUCUGGCAGUUUACCCCACUCCAUGAGGCUGCUUCCAAGAAUCGUGUAGAGGUCUGCUCUUUGUUACUUAGUCAUGGUGCCGAUCCCACUUUAGUCAACUGCCAUGGCAAAAGUGCUGUGGAUAUGGCUCCAACGCCUGAGCUCCGGGAAAGAUUGACUUAUGAAUUUAAAGGUCAUUCUUUACUACAAGCAGCCAGAGAAGCAGACCUAGCGAAAGUUAAAAAAACACUUGCUUUGGAAAUCAUUAAUUUCAAACAACCACAGUCUCAUGAAACUGCACUGCACUGUGCUGUGGCCUCCCUGCAUCCCAAACGCAAACAAGUGACAGAAUUGUUACUUAGAAAAGGAGCAAAUGUUAAUGAAAAAAAUAAAGAUUUCAUGACGCCCCUGCACGUUGCAGCAGAAAGGGCCCACAAUGAUGUCAUGGAAGUUCUACAUAAACAUGGAGCAAAGAUGAAUGCACUGGACACCCUUGGUCAGACUGCUUUGCAUAGAGCUGCCCUUGCCGGUCACCUGCAGACCUGCCGCCUGCUACUGAGUUACGGCUCUGAUCCCUCCAUCAUCUCUUUACAAGGCUUUACAGCAGCACAGAUGGGGAACGAAGCAGUGCAGCAGAUUCUGAGUGAAAGUACACCUAUACGCACUUCUGAUGUCGACUAUCGGCUCUUAGAAGCAUCUAAAGCUGGAGACUUGGAAACUGUGAAGCAACUUUGCAGCCCUCAGAAUGUGAAUUGCAGAGAUUUAGAGGGCCGGCAUUCUACACCCCUACACUUUGCGGCAGGCUAUAACCGUGUGUCUGUCGUGGAGUACCUCCUACACCAUGGUGCCGAUGUCCAUGCCAAAGACAAAGGUGGCUUGGUGCCUCUUCAUAAUGCUUGUUCAUAUGGACACUAUGAAGUAGCUGAGCUCUUGGUAAGGCAUGGGGCUUCUGUCAAUGUGGCAGACUUAUGGAAAUUUACCCCUCUACAUGAAGCAGCAGCUAAAGGAAAAUAUGAAAUCUGCAAGCUCCUUUUAAAACAUGGAGCAGAUCCGACUAAAAAGAACAGAGAUGGAAAUACACCUUUAGAUUUGGUAAAAGAAGGAGACACAGAUAUUCAGGACUUACUGAGAGGAGAUGCUGCUUUGUUGGAUGCUGCCAAGAAGGGCUGCCUGGCAAGAGUGCAGAAGCUCUGUACCCCAGAGAAUAUCAACUGCCGAGACACCCAAGGCAGAAACUCAACCCCUCUGCACUUGGCAGCAGGCUACAAUAACCUGGAAGUAGCUGAAUAUCUUCUAGAGCAUGGAGCAGAUGUUAAUGCCCAAGACAAAGGUGGUUUAAUUCCUCUUCACAAUGCAGCAUCCUAUGGGCAUGUGGACAUCGCAGCGUUACUGAUAAAAUACAACACAUGUGUAAAUGCAACAGACAAGUGGGCAUUCACUCCUCUUCACGAAGCAGCCCAAAAAGGCAGGACACAGCUUUGUGCCCUACUCCUGGCACAUGGUGCAGAUCCAACUAUGAAGAACCAAGAAGGCCAGACACCUUUAGAUCUGGCAACGGCUGACGAUAUCAGAGCUUUGCUGAUAGACGCCAUGCCCCCAGAGGCCUUACCUACCUGUUUUAAACCUCAGGCUACUGUAGUGAGUGCCUCUCUGAUCUCACCAGCAUCCACCCCCUCCUGCCUGUCUGCUGCUAGCAGCAUAGACAACCUCGCCGGCCCCUUAGCAGAAUUGGCAGUAGGAGGAGCGUCUAAUGCUGGGGAUGGCGCAGCAGGCACAGAAAGGAAGGAAGGAGAAGUUGCUGGUCUUGACAUGAAUAUUAGCCAAUUCCUGAAAAGCCUUGGUCUUGAACACCUUCGGGACAUCUUUGAAACAGAACAGAUUACACUAGAUGUGUUGGCUGAUAUGGGUCAUGAAGAGUUGAAAGAAAUAGGCAUCAAUGCAUACGGACACCGCCAUAAAUUAAUCAAGGGAGUAGAAAGACUCUUAGGUGGACAACAAGGCACCAAUCCUUAUUUGACUUUUCACUGUGUUAAUCAGGGAACUAUUUUGCUGGAUCUUGCUCCAGAAGAUAAAGAGUAUCAGUCAGUAGAAGAAGAGAUGCAAAGUACAAUUCGCGAACACAGAGAUGGUGGUAAUGCUGGUGGCAUCUUCAACAGAUACAAUGUCAUUCGAAUUCAAAAAGUUGUCAACAAGAAGUUGAGAGAGCGAUUCUGUCACAGACAGAAGGAAGUGUCUGAGGAGAAUCACAACCACCAUAACGAGCGCAUGUUAUUUCACGGUUCUCCUUUCAUUAAUGCCAUUAUUCAUAAAGGGUUUGAUGAGCGACAUGCAUAUAUAGGAGGAAUGUUUGGUGCCGGGAUUUAUUUUGCUGAAAACUCUUCUAAAAGCAACCAGUACGUUUACGGAAUUGGGGGAGGAACAGGCUGCCCUGCGCACAAAGACCGGUCGUGUUACAUAUGUCACAGACAAAUGCUUUUCUGUAGAGUGACCCUUGGCAAGUCCUUUCUGCAGUUCAGCACCAUGAAAAUGGCUCACGCCCCCCCAGGCCAUCACUCCGUCAUUGGGAGGCCGAGUGUGAAUGGGCUGGCCUAUGCUGAAUAUGUCAUCUACAGAGGAGAGCAGGCAUACCCAGAGUAUCUCAUCACCUACCAGAUCAUGAAGCCGGAAGCUCCUUCACAGACCACGGCAGCUGCAGAGCAGAAGACCUAGUGAAUGCCCACUGGUAAAGGCCAGAUUGGAUUUAAACCUGGGCCUGGAUGACAGUGGAUUGUUUUCAACAAAAUCAAUAUUCUAUAAAUCCGUGACAGCCUAGAAAUAAGCUGUUUGUCUUUUAUAAAGCAUUGCGAUAGUGAUGAAUAUAGUAUGAGUAGCUGAUACAUACUCAACUGCUACUGUUCCCUUUGAGGAAAUGUUUACAGGGGCGGCCUUUUAACAUAUCUCAGGCUCAUUUUCAUUGUAGUUAUCCAUUGCUAAGACAGGACUGCUUCAAUCUAGACUUGGAAAAAAAGAAAACAUAACCAGUACUUUCCCAAAUGUUCACAAUUCACACACUACAUUUGCUUUGCUAUAUAUGGCACGUGUAUAUAGUAAAUAUACACAUAUGACAGGUUCAUUUUUCGUUUUUUCUGAACACUCAUCAUUCACUUUUUGUUGCUAUCGUUGUUGUUGUUACUUUGAAAAUGAGCCGAGCCUUCUUGAGGCUAUUUUGCACAAAGUCACACUGACUAAAAUCACUAGUGAUGUAACCCAAGCUUCUGGCUGAGCAAGGCUUAGUUUCCACUUUUUUUUUUUUUUCCACUGAUUUAUUUUGUAUCUGUACUUCUUAUCAACGUAAACUGAGAUGGAAAGGAAAAACACCACGUUUCAGUUUCCUUUUGUUGAUUGGCCAGUCUUACAAGGGAAAGGCACAAACAUCAACCUGAUUUAGGAGCUCCCAAGUUCAGAGCAGUCGAAGCCAAUGAGAGCCACUCGCACUUUCCAACUCAGGCCUGCCUCCGACGUGUUCAGGACGGUGCUGGAGGGCCAGGAAGAGCCCAGCCAGCGAGAGGCUUGAGUGAUGCUGUUGUGACGUUCAGAGGGGAGACCGCCAGGGAGGCCUGUGAAUCCAGGAGAAGCAGCAUUACGACACAUGAGGGGCCUGUGGUGCGAUAAUAGGACCGCAGAAAAGGACAACGAGGGCUCCUCACAGAAAACACGACUUCUCUCCACUUAACCCGCACCACCAGAAUUGUCGCCCCCAAAAUUAGCUGCCUUAUUUCCAAAUUCAGUGGAAUUAUUGUACUGCAUUAGAGUCUCAAAACAAUUACCUUAUUGUUUCUCUAGUUUAGAAAGCUGGGAUUCAAAUCCUGUGUAGUCACUAGAUAGGCACAGAUGCAAGAACUUUUUUGUUUACUCCAGAUUUGGGGUUUAUUUUGAGUGAGUUGCUUCCGAUAGUUUGUGUAGGUCCCUGCACUAAAUUUUUGAACCAUUUUCUCAAACUUCUUAGUAGACAAGGAGAACAAAAAUGGAAGCCAAAGCUCUUUCAGUUAUUUUUUAAAUGAAAGUGGAGAAAUAACCAUACUGUUUCUUCCUGAAAUCACUACUUUGUUUUGCUUUUUUUCUCAACAUUUGUCAAGUGCACAUUGUUACUUGUAAAAAAUUAUCCAUUACAGUUCUCACGCUUGCCCUUUUCACCUUAACUGAAUAUUGAAUUAAGUGCAUUAACUAACUUACUUUGACAUGCUAUGCGUCUACUCAGCUUCGAAGCAAAAGUAAUAUAAAUGUGAUGGAAAAAAAGGAAAAACAGUGUGACGCAAACUUGCCAUUUCAACUUAAAGUCCUGAAAACUAACUUGCUUGUCUGUUCUUUAAUACAGGCUGAUUAAGCUGUGACCUCAUUUAAUCUCCUGAGGAAAAAUAAAAUGGUUACAUGCAAAGAUUCUAGAAUAGGCUCUUAAAAUAUACAUUUUGCUUUCCUUUUGGCUUGAGUCCAAUGCUAGAACUAGACAUCGGGAACUAGUUUUGAGUUUUAUAGCUGAAUCUUGCAUGGGUCCUCAAAAUUAAAUCAAGAAUUAGCCUCAGUUGUUGCUUCUAUUGAAGUUUUAGUGACCCAAGCUGGGUGUUUGUGUCUUGGCUACUUGUUUAAUAGCACUAGAAUUCCACAUGAAGCUCUCAAGUUUGAUAUCCAUUGAGGGCUUUUUUCCUCCCUUCCUUCUUUUUUGCUGUGUGUAACAGUGGGUUGAAGGAAUUGGCCUCUGUGUAGUUUUCAGUAGCUGUGAAAGUGUAUAUUACUUGCCUCCCCAAUUAGAUAUAGUUUAAAAUGGUAAACACAGCUGUGAUUUUUAGUUAAAUAAAAGGGUUAAUAUGGUAUAGAUCCCAAAAGCUUUAUAGCUUCAUUAAAAAGAUAAGCCACUACCCAACGGUGGUUAUAUGUUACUUCCAUCAUACUAACUAGAUUAACGGAUGUGCCAGUUUUAAACUUCAGCCUUACACUUGAGAAGGUAAACUGUGGUUCAGUAUUUAAACCGCCAAUGUUACGUAUCUGAUGUUCUGUGUGCCAAGUAAAGGUACUGUGUGUAAGGAGGA